AUGGCCCAAAUCAGCCGUAUCGUUUUGUUUGCUUACAUGCUAGGGAUGCUCCUUUUUGGAACCUCUAACACAGUCAUCAGCAAAUUAAUGGACGAAGAAGGCUUCUCUCAUCCUUACUUCCAAUGUGCAACAAUGUUUCUCGGCGAAUUUCUCUGUUUUGGGAUGUAUGGGCUACUUCAGUGGAAAGAAAAACGAAAACAAGCUGAAAAUUCCAAUAUAAGCUUCUAUAAAUUACAUAAUACCUUAAAAAAUUCUUUAUUAUAUAUAUACAUAUUCAUAUUAAAAAUAAUAGCAGUUCAAAUCAGACUUUCCCAGCAGCCCAGAACAGGGUUAUAUGGAAAACUCGGAAAAUUCGUAUUUUGCAUCCCCGCAUUUUUUGAUAUGUGUGCCUCAACUCUGAUGUUUAUAGGACUUGUAUUAUCAGCUGCAUCAAUAUACCAAAUGAUUAGAGGGUUUAUCAUUGUCGUUGUUGCUGUAUAUUCAGUUAUCUUUUUAAAGCGCUCUUUAUAUAGGCAUCAAAUCACAGGUGUAGCUUUUGCACUUGUAGGAGUUUCGCUGGUUGGACUUUCAGCUGUUUUAUAUUCUUCUAAAUCAGCUGAAAAUCCGUUUUUAGGACUGAUUAUUCUUAUAAUUGCGCAGUUUUUGGCAGGCGGAGUAUUUGUAAGUGAAGAACUAUUCUUAGGGAACGUAAAAAUUGAUCCUUUACAAGCAGUUGGGAUUGAAGGACUUUCAGGACUAUCUUUUUACAUCAUUUUGUUGCCAAUUCUUAACAUAAUCCCUUGUGAUAACUCAGAUUUGUGCAGUAAAGGAUACGUUGAAGACACUUUAAACGCUUUUUAUCAAAUCGGCACUGACUGGAUUCUAAUGCUCUGCUGGUGGGGUGUUAUGAUAAGUUUUUCGUUUUUCAAUUGGACAGGGGUUUCUACUACAAAAUAUGCUAAUGCUUUAGCAAGGUCUACAGUCGACACAAGCCGAACUUUAUUAGUUUGGCUGUUUAGCAUGCUGGCAGGAUGGGAAGAUUUUAAUUUUUUACAAUUAGGAGGGUUUGUUCUUUUAGUUAUAGGGACGACUCUUUAUAAUGAAGUUUUGGUUCUCCCUUUCUGGGGAUUCAAAGAAUCUGUGGAAAAUCAUCGAAGAGAGCUGGAAGAAAGACAAAGACAAACUGAAGCUUUUCUUGGGAGGAAUUUAGACGAUAUAGGUAUCACUCCGAAAAGAGAUGAUGAAGUAAGGACAAAUGCAGAGCCAUAA